AAUUAAUGGACAAAACAAAACAUGUUUCAUUUUUAUGUUGUUUUGGCAUCAAAACUAACGGUCUUUCAGUUAAGUUACUUUCUCGUUCGUUCCCUCUCAACCAAAACCAACCACUUCAUGUUAUCAUUGCUAUGACCCUUCAAGCUUUUCAUGGCUCUGCAUGUUGUUUCCGUUCCCACCUUCUUCACUUUUCUUCUUCCACCGCUUCAUCUCCACCAUUCCUUGCUUCGAGGAGGUUCCAAUCAUGCCCUUCAACAAGAAAAUCUCUCAAGUUGAAUUGCAGUUCAAGUGGCAAUAAUGGUGACCAAGAUUACCUUCUGGAUGCUCCAGUUUCUGUUGGAGAUGGAUUCUCUUUCAGUGGAGGGAAGUAUUCAGAUGGCCCUAGUCCAAGUGAUGAAUGGUUUAAGCAAGGGAAAAAGGUUAAAGCCUAUUCAAUACCUGGCACUGGUGAAAAGGCAAAAGAUCCGAUUUUUGGACUUGCUAUGGGUUCCGGUUCUCAAGCUACUGGCGAUCGUUUCAGAUGGUUUUGUGUUGAAAGCGGAAGUGCUGAUAAUCCUUCAGUGAUAUUAAUCCAUGGUUUCCCUUCACAGGCAUAUUCUUACCGCAAAGUUCUUCCAGUACUCUCCAAGGACUAUCACGUCAUAGCCUUUGACUGGCUAGGAUUUGGGUUUUCUGACAAGCCUCAACCCAGAUAUGGGUUUGACUACACACUGGAUGAGUAUGUCUCAUCAUUGGAGUCACUUAUUGAUGAACUGGCUGCUACUAAAGUCUCACUUGUUGUCCAGGGAUAUUUUUCGCCUGUUGUAGCCAAGUAUGCCAGCAUUCACCAGGAAAAAGUCAGCAACUUAAUACUCCUUAAUCCGCCUCUAACAGCCCAACAUGCCAAGCUUCCACCAACAUUGUCCAUAUUCAGCAACUUUCUACUAGGUGAAAUAUUUUCACAGGAUCCAUUAAGGGCCAGUGACAAAGCUCUAACAAGCUGUGGCCCCUAUAAAAUGAAAGAAGAAGAUGCAAUGGUCUAUAGAAGACCCUAUCUUACAUCUGGUUCCUCUGGCUUUGCUCUAAAUGCAAUUAGCAGGAACAUGAACAAAGACCUCAAGAGAUAUGUGGAGGAUAUGCAAACAAUACUGAAGGACAAAAAUUGGAAAGUUCAAACCACAAUAUGUUGGGGCCAAAGAGACCGCUGGUUGAGCUAUGAUGGAGUGGAGGAUUUCUGCAAGGAUUCCAAUCAUAAACUCAUUGAUGUUCCUACGGCUGGUCAUCAUGUGCAGGAAGAUUGUGGCGAAGAAGUUGGACAACUUAUUCGUGGGAUAAUAAGCAAAAGGACCAAGAUAUAGGAUAUUUUCUCAUUGCUUCUUGAGAUGCUGAACAAAUUUUUUUGUUACAUGGAUUCCUAUCUUUUCCUUGGUCUCUAUCCUUCCAAUAGAUCUUGAUUCAAUUCCAAUAUUGCUCUGCAUAAAGAUGCAUUUUAAAGGUAAAAGGAAUUAUAUCAAAUUAUCGAUAGUGUAUCUCGUUCGAGUCUCUGUCUCCUAUCUAAACUUCAUUUGGCAAAGAGUUCUUAAGGAAGAAAAAAAUGGCAUUGCUUAGUAA